AUUGGCAUUAGUAUAAAACCAAAAGUGCAUUCAGCAACACGAACGAUGCAAUGCAGUUUAACUCACGCGUUUCGUAAUGCAACGAUUUUUCAAAUAUCGCUAAUUAAUAGAGUAUUUUAUAAAAUUUAGAUGAAAUACGCGCGAAAAAUGCACGUAAUUUAUAUUACGAUAAAAAUAGUUAUGUUUUUAUGGUGCGUUAAUAUAUCAAUAUCGGCUACUAUUGACGAUCCGAAUUCGUUAGGUGAAGAACCAGAAUUUGUCGAACAAAUUGAAAAUGCCACCGUUCCAGUGGGUAGAACAGUGAAAUUAUCUUGUUCGGUUAGAAAUUUAGGCACGUAUAAGGUGGCUUGGAUGCAUUUCGAACAAUCCGCAAUUUUAACGGUAAAUAAUCACGUGAUCACCAGAAAUCCCAGAAUCACGGUUACCCACGACAAACAUAGAACUUGGUAUUUGCAUAUAAACAACGUACAAGAAGCAGACAGGGGUCGAUACAUGUGUCAGUUGAAUACGAUAUCAGCUAAAACGCAAUUUGGUUAUCUCAACGUAGUCGUUCCGCCAAAUAUCGACGAUUCGUUGAGUAGUAGCGAUGUCAUUGUCAGAGAAGGCGCCAACGUAACGCUCACCUGUCACGCGUCCGGAUAUCCUCAGCCGACCAUUAAAUGGAGGAGAGACGACGGUUCCAAUAUUACCUUGAAUAAGACGCAUUCUGUAACCGAAUGGGAAGGAAACCAGGUGUCCUUGGUCAGGAUCAGUCGUCUAGACAUGGGAGCGUACUUAUGCAUUGCGUCGAACAAUGUGCCACCUUCCGUCAGUAAAAGGAUUACAGUCAGCGUAGAUUUUCCGCCUCAGCUACUCAUACCUCACCAACUGGUAAGCGUACCACAUGGUUUCAACGUGACGUUAGAAUGUUUCACCGAAGCUCAUCCGACAUCGUUGAAUUACUGGACCAGAGGUGAUUCGCAAAUGAUACACGAUGGUAAGAAAUACCACACCGAGAACGUACACGGAACGCCGCCCUUUAAAGUACACAUGAAACUGACCAUAUUCAACGUCAACAACGAUGACCUCGUACCGUACAAAUGCGUCGCUAAAAAUCCCAGAGGCGAAACCGACGGCACAAUUCGAAUUUAUGCUUCCGAGCAGAAGACAACUACUGUUGCCUCUACCACCGCUUCUACAACUGCACUUCCAAAUUAUUUAGAUGCGAAUGCAGAUUUGGACGAGAACGAGACGCACAAUAGUUUAUACAAAAAUCGAGAUAAGAAUAGAAAAUACAUGGGAGGAUCUGAUAUAAAUCAAAUAAAUAAAUCAGAACAGAAGUUCGGCGAGAAUAAAGGAUCGUCGUGGAAAAAUGAUAAAAAAUCCAAUUCGUGUUCAAACAAAAACAACGGAUUUUUACAAAUUUUGCUCACAGUGACUGUAUUCGGCUUGAAAUGGAGGCACAGUUAAUAUCGUUGUAGAAUUACAGGCUGGAUAUUGAUUUAACUAAACAUAUCAGGCUCACCGUAAAGGGCUAUAAUAAUUCAUACGAAAAGUGCUAUCGUGUUAUCAUAUAUAUUAUAUGGGUCCUACGUAAUAAACUAUACCAAAAAAAAAAAAAUCAAUAUUUGUUAUAUUUUUUUAAAUAAUUUAUAACCAAUUAUUGUAAAGGUUGAUGUACAUAUUUAAUAUAGUUGUUGAAUAUACAUAAUAAAUAUAAUUUUUAUAAACAUGAAAAUACUAUUGUAUAAUAUUUACGAAACGUUUCUUGCAUAGCCUUAUAUACCAAUUUUCAGCUUGACUGUGUACAAAAGCGUCGUUAUAUUUUUGUAAUUUAAUACUCAUAUGUAUAUUCUAUACUACAUAGUUCGUUCAUUAAGCUGUGAAUUUUUAUUCAAGUUUUAUCUCGUUAAUAAGUCAAAAUUGUACAGUUUCUUAGAUAAUUCAACUACGUCGACGUACUUACUACAUAAACGCAUUUAUACCUAAACUAUUAUACUAUACGUAAUUUUUACUUCAAAUAUAAAUAUAAUAUGAAAAAAAAAAAAAACGCGUGGAACUAAAUACACCUUUUUAAAACAUAAUUAAGAAACUUGUAUAGAGGGAAAAAAAUACCCCGCAAACGUUCAUUAAACCGUUUAUACUUACUGAAAGUACGAAACAACUUUACUUCGGAAUAAAAAAUGAAAUAAAAUAUUUUUUGUACACUUCUAUAUUCAAUAUAUACAUUUGAAACGAAAGGUGUACCGAGGGCGGGGGGCGGGGGGAUGAGAAAGGGAAGAAAAACCACCCUAAUAAAAUACGCUACUUUUCUUUCUCCGGCAAAAUUUUCACAAACUUCCAUUCAAAAUGUAUAGCAAAUUCACGAAAAAAGUUUGAACACUUAAAAAAUCCUUUUCUUCGUCUUUUUACGAUACAUAAUUUAAGAAAAGUUAAGCAAACAGAUUUUCGAGCGGUUUUUAUUUUUUUAAUAAAUUCGUUUUCGCGGUAACCAGUCAAUUUUUCGGGUUGUAAAAUGAUCUUUUUUUUUCAUUGUAACAAACGCUUCGAGCAACGUACUCGUUUUUUUUUCUCCAAAAUUAUGGUCUUAACUCAUGUAUAAUUUUGCUCAAUUAUAUUACCUACAAAGUGUUUCAUUUCGAUGUUAGUUAUGAGUUUAAAAUGAUAAAGAUUUUGGUUUUUUAAAAAAAAUCUAUUUUAAAAUACCUACGUGUAUCUACCUACCUAAUUCAUUGUUGUAAAUAGUAUAAUACCUACGUACAUCGUAAUCAAAUUUAUAUGAAAUAAAGUAUGCACUUUAAAUGUUUGGUAAAUGUGUGAAAAAAUGGCUUCCUAAACUAUCGUAAUUUGGAUUAUGAUGUUAAAAAAUAAUGUAGAUAGUUGAAAUACUGAUUGUGAGGAUUCCAUAUUUUCGUACGAACUCGCACAUCUUUAUACCGAUUAAAAUCAAACUAGAUAAUAUUAUUUCGAUUUUUUAUUUGAUUUUUUUUUUCUUCAUCUUUUACGUAUAUUAUUACGUUCAAUUAUUGUUGAUUCGACCUCUUGUACGUGUAAGAACUGUACUUUUGUUGUUUUAUUUUUAAAUAAAAUUUUAAAAAUUU